GCUAUAUACUAAUACGCGGAGUCUCAAGUCCAAACCCGCCCUUUACUUCCUUGAUUAUCUACCUCUCAUUCACUCUCCGAUGUCAAAUCUCCUCUCUCUCCCUCUCUCUCUCUCUCUCUCUCUCACAUCAAAUUUCAAGUUUCAAGCGAUCGAUCAAUGGCGUUUCAGCGUUCCUCGUUCUCAUUCCGAACAUCGGACUUCUGGGUCUCUGUGAAGCUGCAGGGAUUCCACGCCCCGCCGGACCCUAAGUCCCAAUUCGUCGGCGAGCUUUCUCUCCGUCAGGACCAGAUUCAUCAAAAGCGCUUCCAUACCCAUGUUCUCGAUGAAUUCCCACUCGGUCCCGACCGGUACGCCACGCUUCGUUUUGCUGCCCGCCAACUCGUACACUCAGAAUUGCACGCCCACUUACGCUCUCUCUCCUCUUCCCUCAGCCUCGAUCCUUCCAUCUACGAGGCGUUAGCACCCUAUAUCAAAUCUAUGGCCUUGAAACUUGCAAAUCGUAAUGGCUCGCUGGGAUUCAUCAUGGUGGCUCAACUCGAAAUCCUGUCUAUUGAUUAUGUCGACGCCCUGUUCGAUGAUUUGUCUGACUCAAUGGGUUUACUUGCAAUUGGUAGUAGCAAUGGAGGUUCGACCUCAUCAUCGUUCUCGUUAGAUUUUGUGGUUGAGAAAUUGGGGGCGGAGAGAAUUUUGGAAAGGGGUGAUGGCGACUUGGGUACUUGCAGUACAUGUUUGGAGGAACUGUCGGACGGGAAAGGGAGUGAGCUCAUUCGGAUGCCGUGCUCUCACGUCUAUCACCCAUCUUGCAUCCUUCGCUGGUUCAACAUGGAGAAGAAGACGUGCCCCAACUGCCGAUGUCAAUUCCAUGCCCACAAAAAUUUGUACUCAGAGAUCUUCCGGUAGAAAGAAAGCAUGAUACUAUGGCUGGUUCUGGUUUUGAAAAAGCGGAGGACUGAAAGAAGACUUAAUAAAGUUCUCUCCUGGAAAUUUGAUUCAUAAAGAAUAAUUUUGUAAAGGUUCAUUUCUUCCUGAAGCAUAGAGAAGAACAUCCUUCAGAUGUUGGGUUUCGACUUACCUCAUGGAUCUUAGGUCUUUGUGUUCUAGCUGUGUUGUCAUUAUCAUGACAGCAAAGAUGGUCUUCCUUGUACAAGAACCCUCAUUGAUACUCGAACUUCUUCCGAUUCUCAAAGAAUUUCCUUUGCUGCUAAGCUAUCGCCUAUCAGUAUUAGCUCUCCCCCAAGAGAAACCAACUUCUGCCAGCAGAACUAAAAAUGACUCGAGAAUUGGCAAGGUAAGAAUCCGCUUAUCAACCCUGGAAAUGGAUCGCUUUUGUUUCUUAAAUGCAGAUAUGUGUAAAAUACAUUCAAUAAAAAAUCUGACCAUCGUACAGUAAUAGUACUAAGUGGUAAUACUAAAACCAGCCCCCGAAAAGUGAACUACUAACCAAAUUUCCUAAGUUAAGUAGGGGCCAUCACAUUUGUCUGACUUUUUAAAGGUUUCCGAGUGUUUGGGGGCAUGAUGCAGAGUAAGGCGAGUGUUUUUAAGCUAUAUUAAAAUAAGAUCUCUUAUUUACAAGUGAAGAGAAAUAUCAUUAGACUGUAAUACAAAGUGGUAGGUAGUUAUUAUUAAUUAUAUUGUUAUCAUCAUGAGGAUUGAACCCCUUUUAUCCUUCAUUUUGUGAAAAUAAAAGUUAAUUUAUGUUGUUAGGGCCUUCCUCUUAAACCCCGCCUCUCAAGUCCGAAACCUGCAAAAGAGAUGACACCAUAUCAAUUGACCAACAUCAAUGUGUACAACAUUGCGAGAUCCAGACCUGAAAUGGUAUAAUCAUACCCAAUUAGUGUGUUUGCCAAAGAGCCUGUGAUGCCUACGUCAGAAAGUGUGAAGAGAAAAACUAAAAAGUCAGGAAGAGAGUUUCUAAAUAAUAGAAUUCGUGAUUAUCAAUUUCCUUAUUUGACUUGGCUAUUUAUAGUGAAAUUUUUUCCGUAAGUCGUCUGCUAGCAGGAGAAGGCAGGCCGACGAGCGUAGCAGUCUUCCUACUGGUGGAGAAAUAUUCCUUUUCAACAGAUGCCUGGCAGAGAGCAUCAAGAAGUCGUUCAUUUGGUCUUGGACUCGGUAAUGCAAGAGCUAAUCGCUUAUAAAUUGGAGUCGGGAAGGAAAGUACUUGACCUUGUUUGAUACUCGGUAAAGCAUUCCUAAGUUGUAUACGUUCUUGUCCGAUUUCAGACUUUCAUAGUUAUCGUCCGUCGAUUCUUUAUUUGUUAUGAUCAAUUCCGGUAUCUGAAACUCUGUAUAUAGUUACUUUGCGAUCAUAAUUUAUUCACGAUUGAAGUGGAUUAAAUU